CGCCGCAACGUCUCCGACAAAAAUCCCCGCAAGGGUUUCCCGGAUCUCCUUAUCGGUUUCGCUUCGUCGUCUUCAUUCUUCCAAAAGACUGGCCACAGACGGGAGGCCCCAUCGGUCUCCACGUGGCGGCUUUUCGAUAAAACAGCGCGCGCCUCCGUCAUCCAUCUGCUUCCACUUCUUUCAUUUCGCGAGAUACGCGAGAGAGGUCGUCGCCGUCUUGUGUUCCCCUGGCUUGGCUCGUCUUUGUUCCAGUUUGGUCGGCCUGUGUUCUGCUGGCCUGGCUGCUCUUGUGUUCUGCGUCUCCUCAUGCGCUCCCCUCGUGUGCUCUUGUC